AUGCAUAGACGGCUCAAAUGGGCUUCACACAUUUGCUUUUGGAGCGUAAAGUCUUAUUCUUGGAUUCGUCAUGUGAGUUCCACUGCAAACUCGUUGUUCAAUUGGAACUCAAAAAUUACUAGCUAUUUUAGGAAAGGUGAUGUUGAGGCGGCACGCAAGCUGUUUGAUGAAAUGCCCCAAAAGAAUGUAGUAACUUGGAACUGUAUGAUAUCUGGGUAUAUCAGAAAUGGGAUGAUUAAUCCUGCUCAAAAUGUUUUUGAUGCAAUGCCUAGCAGAAAUGUUAUUUCUUGGACAGCCAUGUUAAGCGGGUAUGCCAAAAAUGGGAAUUUAGAGAUGGCACGACGUAUGUUUGAUGGAAUGGAUGAUAAGAAUGUGGUUUGCUGGAAUUCGAUGAUCUCGGGGUAUGUGAGCAAUGGGAAAAUAGAGGAAGGUAGAGAAUUGUUUGAUCUGAUGCAGAUUAAGAAUGAUGUGUCAUGGGCGAUUAUGAUUGAAGGCUAUUUCAGAUACGGGGAUGUGAGUGAAGCUGAGAGGUUGUUUAGUGAAGCACCAGUGAAAAGUGUGCCACUUUGUAAUGCUAUGUUAGCAGGUUAUGCUGACAUGUGGAGGACUGAGGAUUCAUAUAAGUUAUUUAUGAGAAUGGAUACGCAUGAUGUGGCUUCUUGGACUAGUAUGAUCACAUGUUUCUCAAGAGUGAGGGAGGUGGAGAAAGCUAGAAGAUUAUUUGAUGAUAUGCCUGAGAAGGAUGUAGUCGCUUGGACUGCCAUGAUUCAAGGGUACUGUGAAAAUAAUAACAUAGAGGAGGCAGAAAAACUUUUUGCUGCAAUGCCUCACAGGGAUAUUGUUGCUUGGAAUUCAAUGCUAAGUGGUUAUCUGCAGAAUGGAAGACUGCAAGAUGCUCUUCAUCUGUUUCAAAAGAUGGCAUGGCGGAAUACAGUGUCAUGGAAUUUGAUGUUGUGGGGUUAUGUUCAGCAAGAUGAUAUAACUAGUGCUCGAGAGUUAUUUGGGCAGAUGCCCAGAAAAGAUGAAACCUCGUGGAACACUAUGAUUUCGGGAUAUCAAAAUGAGGAAACUUUGCUUUUAUAUGUCCAGAUGUUGCAAAAUAAUUACAAGCCGGAUCAGAGCACAUUUUCCAAUGUGGUCUCAUUGUGUGGUGUUCUUGCUUUGCAUGCUUGGGGAAGAGCUUUGCAUGCCUGUGUAACCAAGAGUGGUUUUCAAAAUGACACAAUGAUAACGAGUGCGUUCAUAUCCAUGUAUNUAUAUGUCCAGAUGUUGCGAAAUAAUUACAAGCCGGAUCAGAGCACAUUUUCCAAUGUGGUCUCAUUGUGUGGUGUUCUUGCUUUGCAUGCUUGGGGAAGAGCUUUGCAUGCCUGUGUAACCAAGAGUGGCUUUCAAAAUGACACAAUGAUAACGAGUGCGUUCAUAUCCAUGUAUUCUAGGUGUGGAUUUAUAAAUGAUGCUUCCUCGCUUUUCAGAAAUAUGAAAAGACCCGACACAAUAGCAUGGAAUGCCAUGAUUGUAUCACAAGCAUGUCAUGGUUCGGCUAAAGAGGCCCUUGAUCUUUUUCUUUGUAUGAUUCAAGCUGGAUAUGAACCAGACCAUGUAACUUUUCUUGGUGUCCUAACUGCUUGUGCUCAUUCUGGAUUAGUGGACGUGGGUUGGAGCUACUUUAUAUCAAUGGAGAAAAGGUGGAGUAUAAUUCCAAAGGCUGAGCACUAUAAUUGCAUGGUUGAUCUCCUUGGGAGAUCAGGUAUGCUAGCUGAAGCCUUCGAGCUUGUCGAACAAAUUCCUGUAAAUCUCCCUGCACAUGCUUGGGAGACAUUGCUUAGUUGUUGUAGAGUCCACGAAAAUUUUGAUUUAGGUGAUCUUGUAGCCCAGAAACUUCUAAGCGUUCAGCCUUCUAAUAUUGGAAUGUGUGUUCUUUUAUCAAAUCUGUAUUCUACAAGAGGAAUGUGGAAAGAUGCAGCUCGUGUGAGAGCACUACUUAAAAAGUAUGAUUUGAAGAAAGAAUUGGCAUGUAGUUGGAUUGAGAUAAAUGGUUGUAUAUCUCAGUUUGUUUCAAAUGAAAGAUGUAAUCCCAGAGCAAAGGACAUAUACAAAGAACUAGAAAGUCUUUCUGCACUGAUUGAGGAUAGUGGCACAGUAGUGUAG